CUCUUUCCCGUAUCCGCUUCAUACCUGGCUUGCCGAGAUACGGCAGCUUUCUUCUGAUUUUGUGGUGUCAUGAGCGGAGUAGACUUUCCGGUUUACUUGAAGAACGGCGAGCAGGUCAGAGUAAAUGACCAUAUUUACUGCUCUCCGUCUUGGUCCCAACGCGAUGGGACGCCGUACUCGAUAGCACGCAUUGUUGCCUUCCUCGGCCCAGAGAACGCGCCGUCAGGCAAUGGUGACGAGAUCUAUCACUACACCCGCGUACGCUUGGCCUGGUACUACCGUCCUAUCGACGUAAGCGACAGGCCGAGCGGAGACUCGCGCCUUCUGCUCGCCACCAUAUUUUCGGAGGUGUUGCCCAUCAACACGCUGCGGGGCAAGUGCUACGUCCUGCACCGGGAUAAAAUCCCCGACCUCAGCAGCUACAAGAAGCGCCCUGACCGCUUCUACUUCUGCCGACUCUUUGACCCGUACAUCAAGAAAGAGUUCGAGGUCAUACAGAGCUCAGAUGUCCACAAUUUGCCGGACAACAUCCGCGAGACGCUGUGCUCGCGUUACGAAUACGUCGUCGCGGAGAAGGAGGUCAUCCCUGACCUCACGGACGACAUCCGGAUUUGCGAGACCUGCACGCAGUGGUGUCCAAACCCGGAAUCCGUACAGUGCGCCCGAUGCAAGAAGUAUUUCCACAUGGGAUGUGUGCAGCCACCGCUGGCUGCGAAGCCGGCUCGCGGGUAUGGAUGGACGUGCGCACCUUGUUCGCGCCAACAUGAGGAAGAGGUGGACAGUCACGAUGUCCAUCAUUCGGUGCAGACAAGAAAUCAGGCUAAGGCGAUCGCGACGCGCGGUCGUGGGCGUCCACGGAAGGACCGCAGCGGAGAAAUGAAGGAAGAGCUUUUGCCUAUCAAGCACUUCAAGGGAUGGCCCUUCCGUUACUUCGGCUUGUACACGGUUGCGGAGGACACACUAGAUCCCGACGACCUUAUCUUCCCAAGGACAGCAACUCGCGUGGGGCCGAAGUACCAAGCUGUCGUACCCUCUGCGCCGGAGAUGCAGCCCCUCAUCGCUCCUGGGAUUGAACAGCGCGGAGGUGAUGACACCAUAGAGAUCCUCAGUGCUGUAGAUAAGUUCAACGAGGCGCAACACGAGGAGAUCAAGCGCCGUCUAGCUCCUGACAUCAAUUUGUUCAGCGAUGUCGAUUAUCAAACCGAGGUCACGCACAGGCUUACAGAUGCCUUCCUCGCGGGUCGCUCAUUGUCGUCGGUCGAAAUGAAGUCUCCGUACCGUACUGAGAAGUGGAGUACGGAGCAAAAGCUUUGGAGGGACGCCGACUGGACCCCUCAGGAGAUCGUGGCCUUCGAGAACGCCAUCAAAGAGGACGGCGCCGAGCUUCGCGCCGUCCGCGAAGCGGUGCGCUCUCGCACCAUUAAAGAGGUCGUCCGGUUCUACGGGCAUUGGAAAGCCAAAUGUCUCGGCGAGGAGCAUCGGCGCACGCGCAAAGAGAGCAAGCCCGAAACCGUCCCGACCGUGUUCGGCGACGUGAGCUCCGCUGCUGCUGGCCAGCACGUCGACGAGGACGAGGCCUCGACCGUCGACGCACCGACGGGCAAGAACGCGUAUUGCGGCGCGUGUCGGACGCGCACGUCUCCCGUUUGGUGGAAGGCGCCGAAGGGGCUGGCGACGAACGUCUUGUGCGACACAUGCGGGUCGAACUGGCGGAAGUACGCCGACCUGAACAUGCGCCCGGUGCGCGAGGAGGUCGCGAAGGAGAAGGAGAAGGAGAAGAACGAGAAUGGCAAACGGGGGACGGACAAGAGGGACGUGACGCCGGCGCCGGGUGCAAAGAGGCUCAGGCCAUCCGCCUCCGCUGCAUCCACACCACCGGCUUCGAGUAUCGGGUCGGGUACGCGAUGCAUGGUCUGCCAUCGCGCCAAUGGCGGUCGGGUCGUACAGUGCAGGGUCUGUCAGGCGCGCUUCCACGCCGGUAUCUGCGGUGCGACCGUCACCCCCGAGAACGCAGAUAAGUGGCUCUGCGAAAUCUGCGAGAACGAAGAAUCAGAGGAAGCGGCGAUUAACCCCGUCUGCCUACUCUGUCCCCGCCCGCGCAAGGACGGGAAGCAGAAGAUCCGCGGGCCGCCGCCCGACUCGUUCCUUCGCGCGUGCAAACCCACCGAGGGCCAAGGCUGGGCGCAUAUCCUCUGCUCGGUCUUCGUCCCGGAUACGUGCUUCACUGAUACGAAGACGAUGCGUGUCGUCGAGGGUAUCAGCGUCAUCCCGAGAGCACGAUGGGUCAAUAAAUGUGUUCUCUGUGGGGUGUCGGGCGGUGCGGUCAUUCGAUGCUACGAUUGCACUAGGGAGUUCCAUGUUUCCUGCGCGUACCGCGUGGGGCACAAGUUCGGCUUUGAAAUGACGCCCGUCAAAAACAGUCGGAAGGACCCAUCCGUGAUUACGUCGUUCAAGGGCGACAUGGGAUGUAUGACGGCCAUCGUGUCAUGCAAGGAGCACAAGGGCCUGCAUAACAACAUGUACGAGCUUUGCGACACCAAUGAGCACGGCGAAACGGCGCUGCAAGUGUACUGCCAAGCGUACAAGCAAGCCGCCGUGAAUCAGGCCCACGGCCUUCUGCGCAAGGCCCGCCGUUUCGACCAGGUCUUGGGCAUCAAGGACGUACCGUCCACGAACGAGAUUGAAACAGAGAAAUCGUGCAUAAGGUGCGGCACGCACUGCACUCCGUUGUGGCAUCCUCUCAAUGGGGACGACGACUCGGAUGCGACGAUGACGGACGACUGCGACAAAUUCUGCCAUCGGUGUUUCUUCGAGUCGAAGCACAGGCAGGAUGGGCCUACCAAUAGUGAGGAUACGACCAUGGCGGAUGGGGACGCGGACGCAGAUGGAGAGCAUGAAGUCAGUACUCCACCGGGUGCUCAUGCUGCUGAUACUGCCAUGGCUGUCGACGGUUAGCGUAACAUGCGACGUUAUGCACUGGUCCGAGCAUAUGUAUAUUGUUGUCGUAGUUC